AUGUCGUUCGCUAGCGAACGAAAGUCCAGAGUUGCGCAUCAGCCGGUGUUUAAUUCUUCUGUUCUUAAGUCACUCGAACAAAAAAGACAGUGCUUAGCAGAAAUUGCUGCUAAGGUGUCUACUGGGUCCUCGAAGAGAACUCCUGUCAAAGCAAGCACAGCAAAAAAAUCAAAGCUGAAAAUUGAAUCGGAUGAAGAAGAAGAAUUUAUUGAUGAUGAAAGCGAAGCUGAAGAAGAAGAUGAGUUUGUUUCGAGUGAGGAAGAAGAUCGUAAAAGGAAGAAACCACCCAGCAAGCCUCAAACUGUUAAACCUCAACCUGCUAAAGUUGUUCAACCUACAUUAACAAGGAAAGAACGGACUUUAUCAGAGUCUAGUGAAGAAGAAGAGUGGCUAGGAAAGCCUAACAUACUCGGUAAUGGAAAGAUAGAAAAGCCCGUAAACAAAAAAAUCAAUACUAAGGUUUCUCAACCAAAAGUUCCCAAGAGGAAAAUAGUUUUAUCAGAUGAGAGUGGCGAGGAUACAGAAGCUGGUGGAUCAACAUUAAAGUCAGUAGCCAAGGAUGCUCUAAAACAUAAACUGAAGUCUAACGAUGAGAGUGAAGAAGAAGAGUUUCUUGAUGAUGAAGACAGUGAUCGUCGCGAAACUACUCCCAGUGAUGAUAGUGACGCUGAUGAACGUAAAGCAAACCGCAAAGAAUCUCGGAAUGAAAUGGAUGCUAGAGCUUUCUUCAACAAAGCUACAGAACAAGAGUUACUCGCUACACCUCGGGUUACCGAAAAAAUUUGCCAAACUAUCUUAUCCAAUCGUCCGUUCGAAAGCUACUAUUUAUUAUCAGUUUGUUUGAAUGAAGUUUCAAGAGGCAAAUCAGUCUUAGAUGCAUAUGAGGAAUAUUUGGAGAAUCGAGGAGUUUUGGAAAAAAUUUUAUACGAUUGUCGUGGCCAUGCUGAAUCAAUCGAAAAGGAUUACGAGAGGUCUACAGAAGGACGGGUUCAACCUUCUCUUUUACAAGAAGGAUAUAGUUUACACGAGUAUCAGCUGAUUGGAGUUAAUUGGCUCUAUAUGAUGCAUCAGAAAGGCUUUAAUUGUAUCUUAGGAGAUGAAAUGGGUCUCGGAAAAACUAUUCAAAUCAUUGCUUUCAUCGCUAAGCUGAAGGAAGAGAAAGUAGCAGGUCCCCAUCUCAUCGUGGUGCCUUCCUCUACAAUUGAGAAUUGGAUGGGGGAAAUUUCUCGAUGGUGUCCAUCAUUAAAGCUUCUUACUUACUACGGGAGCCAGGAUGAGCGAAAACAACUUCGUCAUAUGGCAAAGAAAAGAAAAACAAAUAUUGAUGUUGUUCUAACAACGUACAAUAUGGUUGCAUCAAAGCAUGAUGAUAAGAAGUUUUUCAAAAACUUCAGUAUAAAUUAUGUCAUUUAUGAUGAGGGCCAUAUGCUCAAGAACUGUAGUACGGAGCGUUACAGAAAUCUCAUGAAAGUUCGGGGUAAAAGGAAAAUCCUUCUUACUGGUACACCUCUGCAAAAUAAUCUCAUCGAGCUAAUUUCUUUAAUGUAUUUUGUUCUCACAAAAGUUUUUAACAAAUAUUGCGAAGACAUUUCCCAGCUUCUAUCUCACUUCAAACAACAAGGUCCUGCUCUUGAAGCUACGACUGCUGCCAUGUAUCAGAGUGAUAGAAUUGAGCAGGCAAAACAAAUUCUGCAGCCUUACAUUCUUAGACGACUGAAGGCUCAGGUCUUAUCUAAUUUGCCUCCUAAGCAUGAACAGGUGGUUGAGGUGGAUCUGCUAGAAAAGCAGAAUGACAACUAUGAGAAUAUCCUAGAUAGUGUAAGAAAUGUUGAUGGUGACACCAGUAAUGCUUAUGGAGUCUUAAUGAGAUUAAGACAAGCAUCUAAUCAUCCUCUUCUUACUCGCGUAGUUUAUGAUGAGCAGACUUUAGAUAAGAUCGCGAAAGCUCUGUGUGCGAAGGAAAAACAAUACGAGAAGAAACGCUGGGAACAUGUUUCCGAAGAUCUUUCUUUCUCAAGUGAUUUCCAAUUACAUCAGUUGUGUGAGAAAUACAAAAGCACACAGAAGUUUUUGUUGGAUGAAAAUCUUGUACUAGAAUCUGGAAAAUGCAAGCAAUUGGAUAAAAUGCUUCCUGAGAUCAAGAAAAAGGAAGAAAAAUGUUUGAUCUUUUCUCAAUUUACUUCGAUGCUGGACAUCCUAGAGGUGUAUUUGCGAAUCCGAGGUUAUGAAUUUAAACGAUUGGAUGGCCAAACUCCUGUUAUGGAUAGACAAGAGAUGAUUAAUGAGUUCAACUCAACCCCUGAUUUAUUUAUUUUCCUUCUUUCUACAAAAGCUGGAGGCUUAGGAAUUAAUUUAACAUCAGCUAACCACAUUAUUUUACACGAUAUUGACUUCAAUCCGUACAACGAUAAACAGGCAGAAGACCGCUGCCAUCGCAUGGGGCAGAAGAAGCCUGUUUAUGUGACAAGAUUGAUAAGUAAAGGAACUGUUGAGGGAGGUAUGCUUGUUCUGGCUCAGAAAAAACUGAAACUUGAAAAGCAAGUUACUGGAGGCAUUAAAGGGCAGAUCGAAGAAGAAGAUGAGAACACUCGUGAUUCCAAUGAGAAUCAGGAGGAUAAGCUGGAUAAGAAUUCUCUGCAACAGCUUCUUAAAAAUGCUAAGAAACGGAGAAGUCUAGAGGAAAUGACCCCCUCACCCUAA